CUGGUGUUUAUUGGCAAGAUAUAACAUUCACGCUUGUAUAACCAUCAUUCGAGUUUGAAAAGCACUUUAUAUAAUCUACAUUCAAAGGAGAGCGAUACUAGGAGGAAGCUCUCAUCAUGUUUCGCAAUACCUUUCAGUCCGGAUUUCUGUCGAUAUUGUACAGUAUUGGCUCAAAGCCUUUGCAAAUCUGGGACAAAAAGGUUCGAAAUGGUCACAUCAAGCGAAUAACUGAUAAUGAUAUUCAAUCGUCUGUUCUUGAAAUCAUUGGUACAAAUGUUUCGACAAACUACAUUACUUGUCCAGCUCAACAAAAUCGUACCCUGGGAAUCAAACUUCCUUUUCUUGUUAUGAUUAUUAAAAACUUGAAAAAGUAUUUUACAUUUGAAGUUCAAGUUUUGGAUGACAAAAACGUUCGAAGACGAUUCAGAGCCUCAAACUAUCAGUCCACGACACGCGUCAAACCAUUUAUAUGCACUAUGCCAAUGCGACUUGAUGAUGGAUGGAAUCAAAUUCAAUUUAAUCUAAGCGAUUUUACUCGUCGUGCUUAUGGUACAAACUAUAUAGAAACGCUGCGUGUGCAGAUUCAUGCCAAUUGCCGCAUUCGCCGCAUUUACUUUUCCGAUAGGCUGUAUUCGGAGGAAGAGCUACCACCAGAGUUUAAACUCUUUUUGCCAAUUCAAAAACAAAACUAGACAGCCAUGACCAAAUGCUUGGUGUUUGCUUAUUUGGAUUUAUUGUUUUCAAAAUGUCGGCAACUUUUUGAUGAAUAAAUUAUCAAGUAUCUUG